AUGGAGGGUCGUGUUUUGGGUAAGAGGUAUCUACUUGAUAUCAGAAUUGCCAAAGGAGGGUUCAGCGAGAUCUAUAUUGGUGUUGAUACAAAGACUAAAAAGCAGAUCGCAAUUAAGAUGGAAAGUGUCAAAGAAAAGCCUCCUCAGUUGCUAUUUGAGUCAAAGUUGUAUAAACUUCUUCACGGAGGAACUGGAAUUCCAAAUACGAGGCUCUUUGGCUCCACGUCAGAUUACAAUUUUCUCGUCAUGGAUUUGCUUGGACCCAGUUUUGAAUCUCCAUACUUCAGGAAUCUUCCCCUCAAUCAAGUUUUGAUCUUUGCAGAUCAAAUGAUAAAUUGCAUUGAAUUUGUUCAUUCUAAAUCAUUUUUGCAUCGAUCUAUCAAGCCAGGCAAUUUUGUUUUGGGCACGGGAAUGCGUUCAAAUCAGGUCUACAUUAUUGACUUUGGUCUAGCCAAGAGGUACAGAAACCCUUCGAGUCACGAACACAUUCCUUACAGAGAGAACAAAAAAAUUUUAGGCAAUCCGACAUAUGCUAGCAUGUACACUCACCGUGGUUUCGAACAAAGCAGGAGGGAUGAUAUGGAAUCUCUUGGAUAUGUUCUCAUGUACAUGCUCCGAGGAAGUUUUCCUUGGGAAGAGAUCAAAGCAGAUACUGGGCGCCAGAGGUGUGAGAAAAUUGGAGAAAAGAAGGCUUCAACAUCUAUUGAGGACUUAUGUCGGGGUUAUCCUACUGAAUUUGCAUCUUACUUCAAUUAUUGUCGUUCUCUCAAGUUUGAGGAUGAACCAGAUUAUACUCGCCUGAAGAGAAUAUUCCGUGACCUCUUCAUCCGUGAAGGUCUUGAUAAGCUUGGA